CAAAUUCUAACAAGUAAAGAGAAAAAAGCUGUAAUGGAUGAUAAAAUGAAAUUAUCUGAACAUUUCAUCACUAAACUGCCUGAACUGUUAGCCAAGUAUGCAGUAGAGGCUGAAAAGGUUGCAAAUCUUUUGGAAAUACCCCAGCAUUUUGAUGUUGAAAUCUACACUACCAGCAGAUUAGAGAAACACUUAGAUACUCUAUUGAGACAUAUGAAAGAAAUUGUAGAGAAGCACACAGAACCAGAGGUAUUAGAUGCUUGUGCUAAGACCUAUGACUAUCUAUGUAAUGAGGAGUACGCUAUACAACCUAAGGUUGAUGUAGCGAGAAGUACAUUGAUUGAUGGACUAGUAGAAAAAUAUAAGAGAAGUUAUAAAGCAUUUAUGGAG